GUAACAGUGGUUUUAUUAUCAACAACAUACUAAGUCUUAUGGCCUGUGCAAGAGCUACCAUAAAAUAUUGGGGGUUGUGAAGGCAACAUCAUAUCCAACGGUUUGUGCACGUUAUCAGAGUGUGUGUGUGUGUAUAUAUAUAUAUAUAUAUAUAUAUAUAUAUAUAUAUAUAUAUAUAUAUAUAUAUAUAUAUAUAUAUAUAUAUAUAUAUUUUAUCAGAGUAUAUAUCGAAUCCAAUAAAUGAUUCUUUACAUAAGUAAUCUAUCCCAAUCCCCACCUCUCCUUAGUUUGGGCACCAUGUCUAUUCCCAUAAAUUUAGGUAGGCAACCUAUGAUCCAUUGUCAUAAAAUGUUUGUUCAAUGAUAUAUCUGAUCUCCCUGUCUCAAAUGCUUUCUUAAUUGAGGACCUAUGGUUACCCAUUCAUUCACAAACCAUAUUCUGAGCCAUACCUACCUACAUCAAGCCACAUGGGCAUGUGAUCAUAUAAAUUACGUGUAGUUGUACAUAUUAUUCGAUGGUUGAUGGGAAUACUCUUGCCAGAAUGGAGAUGGUGAAAAGUAGUAACUGUUUGCAUAUUACGACAUGUGGUACAAUACUAUAUAUAUAUAUCAGGUGGCAGUUAAUAUUAUGUUAUAGAAUUGUGAAAGUAAACUGUUCAUACCCCCAGUGUUGCUGUGUGUGAAUUUAUGCCUAUUCUCUUUGGUUCUUCUACUAGUGGUAUCUUACUGAACUUCCCAGCCCACACUGUCUUUGGUAAUUCUGCCUGUAUCUUUCUUUUUCAUUUGUCCCUAAUACUAACUUGUACCAAUAAAACAGUGACAAAUAUACAAUGUCUUGCAGAAGUCACAGUUAUAAAUAGGGGUUCAGGUGCAACACCCAUAGUCUUCAGAUAAUUAUUGUAGGGUGAAUAAUCAAAAAUUAUUGUAGGGUGAAACCUGUAAAAUUAGGAAUAAAUCAGAAUAGAAUAAUGUUUUUUUCUGUUUUAUUCUUCACUAAGCACUUACUCAUGGUGAUUACAUAAGUCACAGAACUCUCUAGUGACUUUCAUAAUCAGCCAUACUCAAAUUUUCCAGAUUUUAACAGGAAGAUGUCAGUAAUGUCUUGAAAAUUCCAGCCUUGCACCAAUUCCCUCUUUUUAAAUGAGCCCCAUACAGCCACAGUAUCCGUUUAAACUUAAUUCCAUUAGACCAAACGGUGCUUUCUCUGUCUCAGGAAUGAUGUCAGACUUGCGUGGUGGGACAGAAACCAACAGGCUGAAUUUAUCUUGUCUUGCCCCAAGCCUGACAUCACCCCUGAGAGAUAUGAGACAGGAGAGCAUGAAGGCAGUUGCUCUUUUUAAGAGUAUUAUAUUGAUGCCAGUAGGUUAAACUCCGGAACAUUAACCUUUUAAGAGACGGAGGGUAAAUAUAUUUAUGCUGACAUGAUUGUUGUGUGGUUAGCCUGUAGAAACAGAACUAUACAAAAUUGACCAUGGGUUGACAUACAGUAUCUUAUUUAGGCUGUGGGUGAUUGUUUGGAGUACUGCAGGGUCCGCCUUUGUAUGGCCACUUUACCACCUUGCCUAUCCGGUUACCUGUGUCAGACACCAUACACAAAAAUAUGUUUGUUAAUUUAAAUAAAAUCAGGCAUGUCCCUAAAUCCACACUUUGCUAAAUUUAUUAAUAUCAGUAUUCUUGUUUUUUUUUCUGAUUUACUAAAAGGCUUCCAACCAAAACUGGAAUCUUUUAAGAUCAGUUGGUUAUAUUAUGAACACAGAACAUUACACCCUUAUUUGUUUUGGCAGCAAGGGGAAAAGCAGCAAUGUGUCAGCAAGAGCAUGUUUACAGUAAAUAGUAGGUAACAUACUGAGCCUUUUUCUUUGUAGCAUUUCCCAUUUCCUACCCAUCUGUAAUAGAUACAAUUGUCAUCCUUUAUAUAUGUCCAGCAAAUUAUAGUGGAACAAGAAACAUUGCUCAGUCUGAUGUUACUUCUUUGUAUUAUCAUUUUACUUACAGCCACUGUCAUGAGAUGAUUUCAUUCCAUCUAGCUCAGCAUCUUAGCUCCUCAGCAUACUAAUCAUAUGUAACAGCACAUCUCUAAAUUCCCAAAUUUUGCCCCAGCAUGAGUGAGCUAUUCAAAUAAAUAUAGUGUGGGCACAGGGACAUCUUUAGAAAUGUAUUCUGCAUACCGCAGAUUUGGUAUUCCAAACCAGGAGUGGGGGUCUGACCAUGCUAAAUAUUAGCCUCUAUAGUAGUACUGUGAACAUUAGCAUAAAAUGAUUCUGGUAGAUUUAGUGAGAUGGAUCCCUGGCACUGCAGGGAGAUGGGGAAGCAAACAGCUGUUAAUGGACUACAACUCCCAUAAUCCUGAAGCAAAUCAUCUAUAGAAGUUUGCAAACAAGGGCAAAUGUAGUGAACAUAGGGCAGCAGUUGUAUGCAGAAGGGCUAAAGAUGUUCCAUGUUUGGCAUCUGGGAUGGAACUAAGUCUAAGGCCUCAUUUGCCUUAAACCUAACAUUUGUAUGAAGGCAGUUAGAGCUGUUAAACCAUUGCUCCUAAAAGAUUGCAAUUAAAAUGUUAUUCAGUAUGAAUAGUAUCAACUUCUUCCUGUAUUAGUAUUCACAGAAUAAAAAGAACAUUGACUGGUGGUUUAAGGAAAGAACCUUAACCCUGACAAUAGCUCAUUGUUGUUGUUCUCUGUUGUUAUGACCUAAAACAGGAAUAGUUUUCAGGCACUUCUACCCCAGUGAACCUGUUGAUGCAACAAUCAGCUAUUUACAAUAGAAAAAUCACUGAAGAUUCUGCUAGUGACAAGCAUAUGUAUUCUGGAAGCAUACAGACUUAAUUGAUCUUAAAGGAAUUACUGCAGAGACGGGCAGCAAACUUUAAAUUAUGAUUUCAGUGUGUUGGAAGUCCGGCUAUAAACCCAUUGAUGAUGACUCCCAUCUCGUAAUCCAAAAUGAAAAUUCAGAAGAUGUUUUGGAUGAGUUGGAUGAACUGGAUCCGCACAUAUCUAAUGGAAUAUGUCACAAAAAGAAGGAAUUUCAAGAGACGCCUGAGAGUCUGAACUAUUUACCUUCUCACAGUGAAGCAUAUAAAACAUGGCUACAGGAGAAGCCACUCGGAUCAGACUGGGAUCGCUGGUUCAUGAUGGGACUUAUAGGAGUGUUUGUUGGGAUUUUUGGAUUCUUGAUGCACCAAAUAAUUGAUUUUCUCUUUGAAAUUAAGUGGGAGCUUGUUGAAAAGUAUAUUCAACACAAUGACUUUCUCACAACGUGGAUGAUUAUAGUUGCCACUGGCUUUGCAAUGAUGUUGGUUUCAGCUGGGCUUGUUGUGUUCUUCUGUCCGUCUGGAUCACCCAGUGGGCUUCCUGAGGUCAUUGGCUAUUUGAAUGGCGCCUCAAUAAGGCACAUUUUUAACAUAAGAACUUUCUUUGGAUCUUUCAUUUCCUGUGCAUUAGCAGUGUCAGCAGGAAUGUUCUGUGGACCAGAAGCACCAAUGAUUCAUGUAGGAGCAGCCAUUGGAUGUGGCCUCAGCCAGUUUAAGUCUGAGACUCUUCGAAUAAAUCUUCCAUUCUUCACAAGAUUUAGAAACUCAGCGGAUAAGAGGCAGUUUAUCACAGCUGGAGCAGCGGCUGGCAUCGCUGCUGUGUUCCGGGCUCCUGUAGGAGGGCUUCUUUUUGUUCUGGAGGAAGUAGCCUCUUUCUGGGAUGUUAAGUUGGCAUGGCAAACAUUCUUCUGCUGCUUGGUGGCCACCUUCACUACAGAAGUUCUCUCAUCUUCAUUUGUUGGCUUUGUGUAUGAAGGAUAUUUUGGAUUUUUCAAAGCUGAACAGAGGAUAAUAUUUUGGGUAAAAGAUCUGUUGAAUAUAAGUAUUUUAGCGGUUAUUCCCACGAUUAUCCUAGGAAUCAUUGGGGGUUUGUUGGGAGCGCUCUUUGUUUUUCUCAAUUUGAGAAUCAAUAAACUACGUAUGAAGAUCUUCAGUUCCAUUCCGCACAAAUUCCUCAGGCAGCUGACCAAGCUCCUGGAUGCUUUACUGAUCCUGGUGGUGACCUUAUCUAUUACUGUUUAUAUUCCAUACUUCUACUCCUGUUCUCCAAAACCAACACCCAGUGAGUUCCAGAAUGGAUCUGAAUACAAAUCACAUGGAGAACAUGCAGCUUGGGAUGUUUCAGAAUUCAACUGCCCACCUGGAUCUACUUGGGUGGCACCUAAUGGAAGCAUCAUGGCAAAUCAUUCAAUUAAUCAAGCUGCGGUCCUUCUGGUAAAAAAUGGCAAACAAGGAACCAUGCUUUUGUACCAGCGAGGGUUGCAUGAAAAAUUUGGAUUACCUGCCCUUUUGAUGGCUUUGUUUUUCUACUUCAUCAUCUCCUGUUGGACAGCUGGCACGGCUGCUGGUACUGGCCUAGUUGUUCCAAUGGUGUACACUGGCGCUCUAUUUGGCAGGUCGGUGGGUCUGAUCAUGGUAGCCAUAUUUGGAGUUCAGACUGAUGAGUAUGGGGCAUGGAUUGAUCCUGGACUGUUUGCAGUGAUAGGAUCUGCUGCCUAUUUCGGUGGUGUUACCAGACUGACCAUUUCCCUCACUGUCAUUAUGGUGGAAAUAACUAAUGAUGUACAGUCUAUUCUGCUGAUCAUGAUUGCAGUAUUGGUUGGGAAAACGGUGGGAGAUUACUUCAACAAUUCCUUAUUCAGUUCAUUACUGCACCUGAAGUGUAUCCCAUACUUAAAAGCGGUGCCCAAUGUUGUACAUGGGAAAAAGAAGGUGAAUCUGGAAUUGUUCACUGCCAGGGAUGUGAUGCAGCCAUGUACAACAAUCCACCUUCGGGAAAAUGUCUUUUUAUUGGCUGAGCUUCUCACCACAACAAGCCACAAUGGCUUCCCUGUGGUUUUCAGUCCAGCACCUGGCCAAGAAGAGGUUUUCCUGGGAACAAUUACAAGGCUGGAGUUAUAUAUGCUGCUUUCCAACAGAGGAGUAUUUCAAACCCAUGAAAGCAAUCAGUGCUCAUCUGUUCUUAAAUACCAAGAGGUGACGGUGGAGAGGGUGCCUGAUGAAGCUCAGAUAAUCCGGCUGCUGAACAAAUACUCUGCAGACCCUCAGUAUCAGCAACUCUUCAUCAAUCUGGAACCGUAUAUUAACAAGUCAGCAGUUUCCGUGCAAGCCCAUUUCUCGCUACAGCGCGCGUACAGUGUGUUUAGGACUUUAGGGCUUCGCCAUCUCACGGUUGUUGAUCUUCAGAACCGGGCAGUCGGGAUCAUUACCAGGAAGGAUCUGAUAUCUUUACGCCUGGAAAAGAAGGUGAUUCUACUGGACAAGGGAAAGCAAGAUUCUGAUGAAGAACUCUUACACUAAACUCAAAAGCGAUGGACUGGAAAUCUCCCAGUUUCCAUCAGAAAUACACUAUAUGGCCAAAAGGAUGUGGACCCCCUUUCUAAUAAUUGUAAUUUGUUAUUUAAGCUACAGCCGCCACUGCUAAUACAAGUGCCACUACAUCAUAUAAUGAUAUUGUUGACAAUUCGGUGCUUCCUACUUUGUGGCUACAGUUUGGGGAAGGCCCUUUGGCAGGCAGUAAGAAGAGUUGCCUUACAAUCACCAGUGCUGAGUAACAGCAAGCAACUGUACUUAGUGCCCUUGCACUUGUGUCGUAUCUAGGGCAUUAAUAAAUGAGGCCUGUAAUCUUUUCUGGAAAGACAUAGAGGCUUAUUUACAAUUGCCCCAGAAACAAUUGCACAAAAUUGCACCCAUAGGGCCCACAUGGUUAGGACCUCACUCAAAAGUCUGUGCAAGCUGCAUCUGUGGACCUGCCCGUGCCACAGGCAGGUGGUUAGAGCAGGGCUCUCCUGAGCCUUGCAGCUUCCUAACCUUGCGUGCAGCUAAAUGAUGAGCUGAUCAAUGUGCCUGCACCCAGAAACAUUACCUCCGCUCGCAUGCAGGCAGACUCUGCAGAUUUCUGCAAGAUUUUGAAUUUCAUGCCGAAAUCCAUCGCAUCUUGAAUGUUUCAAGGUCCAGAUACAUUGAUCAGCAGAGCAGCAGCAGAAGAGCAGAUUCUGCAUUUCUCUGCAGGUUGAGAUACACAUAUUGUGACACUAGCCUUAAAAAAUAAUUAGACCAUUUGCUUCCAUUGCUUGCAAAGGGAUGAUAAGCAGCAAGGUUGGACUGGGGGGCCAGGGCCCACUGGGGCUCUGCCUCAGGGCCCCCCCUGCAUGUGUGAAAGUGCGCAUGCAUUUAGUUUUUGCUGCGACCUGCAAAGAGAGGAAGAGGCACAUGUGAAAGCGCAGGGUGGAAGAGACGCAGGGUGCGGAUGUGGUCCGGAGGGCCCACAAGAACUGCAGGCCCACCGGUUUUUUUCCCUGUGUCCAGCUGGCCCAGUCCGACCCUGAUAAGCAGCAUCACACUGUUCAGGUUUAGCAAGGCAUAGCAAUGCAAACACUUAUCUCUUCAAAAGUCAAUAGAACAAUAUGCUCUGUUAUAUUAGCAACUUGCACUUCAGUGUUGGUGUAACUUUAACAUUGUUUUUGCACAUAAAAGAAAAAAUUGUAAUAUGAAUAGCAAAUAAAUAAAAAAAGAUAUUCUAAAUGUU